UCCGAAUGGGGCGCAGAGAGCAGAGAGCUUGUCUCCACGAGAGGGAGACGCAGUAGAGUAAGCCUGAGGGAGCAACAGUUGGUGCAUGUUGAGCGCCGUGGGGUAAAGCCUGGAGGGCAUCGCGUCGUGCCUUCGCUUAGGCCAAGGAGCAUCGUCGCGGUGGCUGGUCGCGAUGCCGCCGGCCGAGCAGCUGACCGAGGAGCCUCACCAGGUGAGCUUCACACGCCGCUCGGGCGUGCUGCUCACCUGGCGGCGCGGCCUGCUGCUGCUGCUCCUGCUGGCCGCCUGUCUGCUGGCCACCGGCCUGCUGGUGCACCACCUCGGCACGCCGGCCGACGGCGCGUCCUCCGAGGCACGCGCCGCGCCCGUCGUCUCCGAUGAGACCGCCGCCACCGACCGGCCGGCGCCCGACAUCCGGCUGCCUCGGCACCUGGUGCCGCUGGCCUACCAGCUGCGCACGCUGCCGCUCUUCGAGGAGGGUAACUUCAGCUUCAGCGGCGAGGUGACGGUCACGCUGCGGGCGGACGCCGCCGGCGACAACGUCACGCUGCACGUCAGCCAGCUGCUCGUCUCCGACGACUCCGUGGCGGUGACGGACGUGACCGACGACAGGCAGGUGCCCGUUGUUCGGCUGGUGCACGACGUCGAGCGCGAGUUUCUGGUGGUGGUGCUGGCGGAGCUGGUGGUGCCGGGCCACAACUACAGCGUCAACGUCAAGUUCUCCAGCACCCUCAACGACAAGCUGGCCGGCUUUUACCGCAGCAGCUACUACACUUCGGAGGGAGAAAAACGGUGGAUGGCGGUCACUCAGAUGGCUCCGACCGACGCAAGAAAGGUGUUCCCCUGCCUGGACGAGCCGGCACUGAAGGCGACGUUUGAGAUCACUCUGGGACGUCAUAAAAACAUGACGGCCAUCUCGAACAUGCCGCUCAGCACCACAGAACCAAAUCCGGAGAAGACAGAUUUUGUCUGGGACACGUUCGAGAAAUCCAUGCCGAUGUCCACUUACCUGGUGGCGUUUGUGGUUUCGGACAUGGUCGCCAGGGAGUCCGACCCUUCUCUCAGCGACACUCGCUUCAGAGUUUGGUCCCGUGCAGAAGCUGAGGAGCAGACGGAGUACGCUGGAAAGAUCGGUCCCGCCAUAUUGGAAUAUUACGAGGACUUUUUCAAGACAGACUUCCCGUUACCAAAACAAGACAUGGCAGCCAUGCCUGACUUCCCUUUUAGGGGAAUGGAGAACUGGGGGCUCAUCUUGUACAGCGAGGCGGCACUGCUGCUGGACCCGGAGGUGACCUCAGCUGCCAGCAAACAGGCGCUGACCCAGGUGGUGGCCCACGAGCUGGCCCACAUGUGGUUCGGCGACCUGGUCACCCCCGCCUGGUGGAAUGACAUCUGGCUCAACGAGGGAUUCGCCAGAUACGUGGAGAUGCUCGGAACGCACAAGGUGAAGCCUUCCUGGCUGGUGCCCGAUCAGAUGGUGACCCGGGUCACGCAAGAGGUGAUGUCUGUGGACUCCCUGCGCAGCUCACGUCCUGUCUCCAUCGACGUGAACAGCUCCGACGACAUUGACCAGAUGUUCGACAAGAUAUCGUAUCAAAAAGGUGCUUCAAUUAUCAGAAUGCUGGACAAAAUGUUGACCAGAGAAACCCUCCGAGAAGCCUUGUCUAACUACCUCAGGGCGAUGCAGUACCGUGCGGCGACCCAGGACGACCUGUGGCGCUUCCUGACGGAGCAGGCGCACCGAGACGGCACGCUACCCGAUGACGUCACCGUCAAACAGGUCAUGGACACGUGGACACUGCAGAUGGGGUUCCCUCUGGUGACCGUGGUCAGGAACUACGGCAAAAGGUCGGCGCAGAUCACGCAGAACCGUUUUCUGCUAGACGGGAUCGACAACUCUACCGAUUAUCUUUGGUGGAUUCCUCUGACAUUCACGACCAAAGCCAAGGCUAAUUUCGACACCAUUCAACCUUUCAACUGGAUGAGGAAGGAACGUCAAUCAACCAUCAAUUAUGUUGCCGAUGACGAAGACUGGAUGAUUCUGAAUGUGCAACAGAUGGGUUUCUUCAAAGUCAACUAUGAUGCAAGAAACUGGAAAAUGAUAACAGCACAGCUCCACCAGAAUCACAGCGCUUUCCAUGUCCUCAACCGAGCGCAGCUGGUGGAUGACGCGCUGGACCUGGCCCGGGCUGGCCAGCUGAGCUACAGCACGGCUCUCUCGCUGGUCAGCUAUCUGGAGCGGGAGCGUUACUUCCUGCCCUGGGACGCCGCCUUCAACAACCUGGGCUUCCUCAACACCCAGCUGAGGCGGACGGCCGGCUACGGCGCGUUCCAGACAUUCGUGUUGAAGCUCAUCGGUCCUCUGUAUGACCGCAUCGGGUUCGAAGAGCGUCCCAAUGACUCCCACAUCGACCACCUGACUCGGAAUCACGUGGUCGUUUGGGCAUGUUCCAUGGGUCACCCGGACUGUAUCAGCAAGGCAGUCAGCAUGUUCAAACGCUGGAUGGAAGACCCCGACAACGCCAGGAUCGUACCUGCCAACAUCCGCAGUAGCGUGUUCUGCACCGCUCUGCAUGACGGAGGUCUCACCGAAUGGGAGUUCGUCUGGAGACGCUUCAACAACUCCAACGUCGAGUCGGAAAAGGAGGAAAUGCUGAAGGCACUCGCCUGCACUCAGGAAACCGUGCUUAUAAAUAAACUGCUUAGCUGGUUGAUCACGCCCGAUUCUGGACUUCGAGUGCAGCACGGCAACUUGGUCUUCAAAUCUGUGGCCAGUAACCCGGCGGGCGGGGACCUUGCCUGGAGCUUCAUGCGGGAAAAUUCUAAAGAAAUUGUCGAAAGAUACAGUAGUGCUCUGUUUUUACUUCCCCGGUUCAUCGCAGCGCUCAAGGACAGCUUGAACACUGCACUGCAACUGGAGCAGCUUCGUCAAUUUUCAACUGAAAAUGCGCAUAUUUUGGGCGGAGCGAGCCGGGAGAUUCGACAGGUUUUGGAGCAUGUGUCCGCUAGUGUUUCAUGGAUGGAUGGAAAGUCAGAUAAAGUCGUCAGAUGGCUGGAAGGUCAUAUUUCAUGAAGAUAUAUGUGAACUAGGACCUCUCUUUUACGCUGUUGUUGUUCGGAGCCAAUUUACCUCUUCAUGUUUACCUCAUCAUGUUGUGUUGUGUCUUAUAACGUUAAGAGCAGUUUUUAAUCCUAUUUCCAAGUGUUUUAUCCCAUGUCGUCUGUCGCGUUAUCAAGCUGCUGUAGUUACGUAGCUUCCAAUAUAUUUCCCCAACA